AUGAGCAAGCUUCAUGGGCGUGACCCUAAAGUCGUCCACGAGAUGAAGCCCCAACUUAUUAUUCUUGUUAUUAUUAUGCAACUUCCCCCACUGUGCCCAGAACUGAGCUUCAUCCAAGACGGAAGCAGCUUCUUUCAAAUGCUCGAAAUCAAAGUAAAACCUAAAGUCCUUCCCUUCCUCGUUCUGUGCAGAGGAAGUGUAGAGAGAAGACAAACAGAGGGUCAGAUCCAUGACGAAAGUCCUGUUCAAAUACUGAGCUUCACCAAGGGCACACAAGAAACUCCAAAGAAAGUGGUUCAUGCUCUUACACCUAUCACCCCCACCAACAUAAACCAAGUAGUUGGCGCUUUGAAAGGCCUUGUCAGACUCAACCAUAGGAAGAGAAUCAUUGACAGAUUCACCAACCACAGGCAAAGAGAAAUCAUCUCGCUUGCCAUCACUCUUCUCAAACCCAGCUUUCUGAUUCCUCUUCCUCUUCCUAGCAUUCAAACCAGAAUGAUACUCUCCAAUACUCACCACAGUAAGAGUACAAUUGUCAGACUUUUCAACAACAAACCUUCUAUAGUCCUUAUAAAACGCAGCGGUCUUCCCAUCCUUAGGCCUAUAACGCCAAGCCAUAUCACAAGAACCCACACCUUCACCAACGGCAGGCUUACCAAACUUGUAAAAGUGAAUGUCUUUAAACCUCUCAAUGGUAGCUUUCAUCAUGAGAUGGAAAACGUCAGAGUCUUUGCAAUCAACGGGGAGGCUCGCAUCGCAAUCGACUUGGUUACCUUCAACCUCGUUGGCCGUGGCUUCCACGUCGGUGAUGUUGAUGAACGCAGCGAAGGCGGUUUGGUUAACGGGCAUGAAAUCUUCGCCGGUUUUGACGACGGAGUCGUCGGAUCUCAAGGUGGCGUUGGAAGUGGAUGUGAGGAAAGUGGUGAUCUUGUCGGAAGGGUGGAAGAGAGGGUCUUCGGGCUCGUAAGUAGCGGCGAUGAUGGUGAAGACGAGUACGCCCAAGACGAAGAGGGAGAAGCCUACGUUUCCGAUUAG